AGCUCGCUUCGGCUGUCCGUCCAGUGGAAAAGCUUACAAGCCUAUAAUUUCAGCUGCUGUAGGGGCAUUAUUGCUGUGUGGACUGCUCAGAAGAAUUUGCUGUGAAUUUCACAUCUGUGAAGGAAAUAUAGUACUUCUCCUCUUGGUCUAUUCUUCCUGUGUCUUGUGCUCUGAAGCUUUUAGUGGUUUGAAGAAAGAUGGCUACAUUUGAAGAUUAUUGUGUAAUAACCCAGGAAGACUUGGAGGGUAUUAAAGAUUCCAUAUCUACUCAGGAUCUUCCAUCAGCAAUAAACACGAUCAAGGAAUACCUGAAACAGCAGGAUCUUGUAGAGCUAAACAUUGGUGUGACUGGAGAGUCUGGCUCUGGAAAGUCCACGUUUGUCAAUGCGUUCAGGGGUUUAGGAGAUGAAGAAGAGGGCUCUGCUAAAACUGGUGUAGUGGAGACCACUACAGAACCAGAGGUUUACCUUCACCCAAAAUACAAAAAUGUGAAAGUGUGGGAUCUUCCUGGCAUUGGAACACCAAACUUUAAAGCCGAUGAGUACCUUGAACGGGUUGAGUUUAAGCGUUAUGAUUUUUUCAUCAUCAUUGCUUCAGAUCGGUUCAGAGAAUGCCACACUCAGCUGGCCAAAGAGAUCAUGAGGAUGCGGAAAAAGUUUUACUUUGUUCGUUCCAAGAUUGACUUUUGCAUUACUGCUGAGAAGAGGAAGAAGAGCUUUGACCAGAAAACAACUCUGGAUACCAUCCGAGAGGACUGUGAAAAGGGUCUGAGAAAGAUCGGUAUAGAGAAUCCUGUCGUUUUCCUGGUCUCUGGCUGGGAGCUUGGAAAGUAUGAUUUAAAUUUUCUGCAGGAGAGGAUGGAUAAAGAGCUUCCACAGCAUAAGAGACGAGUGCUGAUGUUGGCUUUGCCGAAUAUCACGCUAGAGAUUAAUGAGAAAAAGAAGAAAGCUCUAGAAGAAAACAUUGGAAAAGUUGCCUUCUUGUCUGCUUGUGUGGCAGCUAUUCCUCUCCCUGGUCUUUCGAUCGCUGCAGAUAUAGCCAUUAUAGCAGAUGAGCUGAGAAAGUACUACUGUGCAUUUGGUCUGGAUGAUCCAUCACUGCAGAAGCUCUGUGAAAGAUCUGGGAAGACCGUAGAGGAAUUGAAGAGUCUAAUGAAGUCUCCUCUUCAUCAAGGGAUAAACCCAAGUUCAGUAUUAACCUUGCUGGGUGCUGCAUCCCUUCUUAUAUCAGAAGAUGCCGUUGAAUUACUUGUGAGCUUCAUACCCAUUGUUGGCACUUUGGUGGCAGGAGGUUUGUCUUAUCUGACUGUCUCAAGAAUGCUGAAGAGAGCUCUGAAUGACAUAGCUGAGGAUGCUAGGAAUGUGCUGAUGGCUUCAUUGGAGACUGAAGUGUAGCUGUAAAAAAUGAUAACAAUAUUCAACAUCAUUAUAAUUAACUGCUUUUGGGGUACUUGAAGACAAGUAUAUUUGUUUAUCACAUUUAAUGGCAAAAUAUCUAAUAGACAUUUAUGUGUUACACUUUAUUUUAAGGUGUCCUUGUUACAGUGUAAUUAUACAUUUAAGUAAUAUUAAUUAAGUGUUAAUAUUAAUGAAGUAAUAUUAAUAUUAAUUACAUUUAAGUAAUAUUAAUUAACUACAUGCACUUAAUAUAUGGUUAGAGUUAGGAUUUGGGUUUGGCUAAGGGUUACUUGCAUGUAAUUAUGCAUAAUUUAUUGUUAUUAUAAUAGUAAGUACUAAAGUACAUAUAAUGUGUAACAAGGACACCUUAAAAUAAAGUGUUACCUAUUUAUGAUAUAGAUUUAUGUUUACAUGUACUUACUAACAGGUAAUGUUAUCCAAAGCAACUUGCAUUUGAGGAGAAAUACAAACAAAUUAUUAAAUGUUUAAGAUUUGAUGGAUUAAUAAAUGUAACAUUUGGAUAAAUGACUGUAGUUACUGUUGUUUUCAAUAUACUACUGUUUUUGUUGUAUAUUACACAUUAUAAAAAAGUA